GAAAAUUUGUGGAUCCAUGUUAAAAAUAGAUAACAAAAAGAAACUUUUUUUUUUUUUCUUAUUUGCGCGUUUUUAUUCCGCAAUUAAAAAAAUAAUAAUAAUGGCACAAGGAAAAAUAGCGCUUAUUUUGGUUGACAUACAAAACGACUUUCUCGAAAAGGGGUCUCUAGCUGUAGCUAAUUCAAACAGUAUUUUAAAGCCUGUCAUUGAUCUCAUUACUAAAGUCAAAUGUAAGCAAGGUCUUGUUGUAGCAACUCAGGACUGGCAUCCUAGUAACCAUAUCAGUUUUGCUUCUAAUAAUUCAGAUAAGCAGCCAUUCGAAACAAAGGAUAUCGAGUAUGAUGGAAAUCUGGUCUCACAAGUGAUGUGGCCCGAUCAUUGUGUGCAAGGAACAUUUGGAGCAGAAAUCUCUGAUAAGAUUUCCUUGGAUGACAUUGAUUAUGUUGUUCAAAAGGGAACAAAUCCCCGAGUUGAUUCUUACAGUGGUUUUGCAGAUAAUAAUUACUCUGAAAUCACACAGUUAGCCAAGAUACUAUAUCAAAAUCAUAUCGACACUGUCAUUGUAGUUGGACUUGCAGCUGAUUACUGCGUUAAAGAAACUUGUCUUGACUCUGUUAAAUUUGGGUUUAAAACUAUACUGGCUAUUGACGCUACCAAACCAGUGGAUUCUAAUCAGCUUGAAGCUACUCUUUCUCAAUUGAAAUCAAAAGGUGUCUUGAUUCAACUUUGAAUUAUAAAUUUUCAAAGUUCAAUCUCCCCUUUAUAAACAUACAAUAAUUUAGUUUCCUUUUCUCCAUAUUCAAUUUUUUUUUAUUUUAUUUUUUUUUUACUAUGGUCAAAGAUAAUGGAGGGACACCUCUAUUUGUAUUCAUUCCUUUAAUUGUCUGC